UACGAAAGGACCCAAAACAAAUAAUCCACUAGGCCGUAGCUGGGAGAUGAUGUGUAUCCCAUGGUCGGCAUGCCGUGCAAAUUUGUCCCCGGGGUUUAUGCGGCUCCGCGGCCCACGCCAUCCCACCGCCCUCCAAGCGCAUUCAAGACCGUCGUUCGGUCCUGCUCUCUGCACACGAGCGCAAACGUUUUGAGAACGUCAUCAAACUCUGGGAUUGGAGACUCCUUUCCUUGGAUUUCUGGGGCCGUGAAAUGGGAAGGAAAUGGCACGCCGUCGCGGCACUGGGCAUGGCGUACGCUGUCGCCGCCGCCGUCGCGGAUGGCGACAAGGGCCUCUCCUUCGCCGGCACCGUUGCAGGGCCGGAGGAAGCGAGCUCCCCGCGCAAGCUGGCCAGCUUGUACGGAACCACUUAUCACCACGUCUGGCCGCCCAUGAAAUUUGGAUGGCGAAUUGUGUUAGGAUCAUUCAUUGGAUUCUUCGGGGCAGCAUUUGGCAGCGUUGGUGGAGUAGGCGGAGGCGGGAUCUUUGUUCCAAUGCUAACGUUGAUCAUUGGCUUUGAUCCGAAGUCAUCAGCAGCCAUGUCAAAAUGUAUGAUCACGGGAGCUGCUGUUUCAACCGUGUAUUGCAAUCUCAAGCUGAAACACCCAACUUUGGACAUGCCAAUGAUAGACUAUGAUCUAGCCCUCCUGAUACAGCCCAUGCUCAUGAUGGGGGUUAGCAUUGGGGUUAUCUGCAAUGUGAUAUUCCCCGAGUGGCUUGUCACAAUCCUCUUGAUCAUCCUCUUUCUAGUUACUGCGAUUAAAGCUUUUCUGAAGGGUGUUGAAGCAUGGAAGAAAGAGACAAUGAUAAGAAGGGUUUGGUACAUUUUUCGUAUGUUUUUUUGCGGUACAUAUCUUUUAAGGAUGCUAACAUGUUACUCAUUUCAGGAGGCAAAGGCAAAACAACUAGAGAAAUCUAAUGAAGAUACUAGAUAUACGCCACCGCCUAUAGGACCCGAUCCUGCAGCUGAGACAAAAAAACCAACAGAUGAAGCGGUAUCCAUUUGGAAGAACAUUUACUGGAAGGAGUUUGGCCUUCUGGCCUCCGUUUGGGUAGCAUUCCUUACACUUCAAGUCACCAAGAACUACGUGGCAACUUGUUCCACAUGGUACUGGGUUUUGACCGUACUCCAGAUCCCGGUGUCAGUUGGAGUGUCCAUGUACCAGGCAGCAAGUUUGGUGCAGGGGAAGAGGGCGCUAUCAUCAAGAGCAAAUAACCAGACCAGCCCGAAAGCUCAUCAGAUAUUAGUAUACUGCUUCUUUGGUGUCACCGCCGGUGUCCUCGCCGGUCUGCUUGGGGUCGGUGGGGGCGUCGUCAUGGGGCCUCUCUUCCUGGAGCUCGGUAUCCAUCCGCAGGUCUCAAGUGCGACGGCCAGCUUUGCGAUGAUGUUCUCAUCUUCCAUGGCGGCCGUGGAAUACUACCUGCUGAAACGGUUCCCUGUACCAUACGCUCUCUUCUUCACUAGCCUGACAUUUGUUGCCGCGAUUGUUGGCCAGCGGGUCGCAAGGAAGCUGGUCAAUUGGCUAGGGCGGGCAUCAUUUAUCAUCUUCAUAUUGUCCUCCAUGAUCUUCGUCAGCGCGAUUUCUCUAGGUGGAGUCGGCAUCUCCAAGACGACUCACAAGAUGGCGCGGCACGAAUACAUGGGAUUCGGCAACAUUUGCAACUAUCAUGCGUAGGAAGCACACAUACAAGAACAGCGUGAUGAUUGUGCAGUUUCAGUGGAUGGAAUGCUGUGAUGUUUGCUUGCAGAUGCCAAGUUGAACCACAAGGCCAGGAGAUAAGAAUUCCAGCCAGUACCUUCCAACGUACGAGUUGUAUUUGCUAGUCACCAAAUGUAAAUGUACCUUCAGAUGGAUAAACCGUAAUUCUUAAUAGAUUUAUGCCAUUUCUGACUUCUGGUAAGUUUA